AUGAGUGCUACAUCUGUGCCUAUCACUUACACCCUUCUUCUUCUUCUUUUUAUCGGCCGGGUGUCUGGGAAACUGAUCCAGGCCGCUGCAGGAGACGAUGUUAGGUUUUCCCUGACAGAGGAGUGCAAGACGGGAAAAGUCACACUGCAUCAUCAGCUGAUGGAUGGCACCGAUCAGCUGGUCGCCUCUCUUGACGGUGGCUGGAAGCCGGGACCGGGUUACAUUAAUCGGGUGGCUCACAGCUCCGACUCUCUGAUAUUAAAGAGAGCAGAUUUCAACGAUCACGGCUAUUACGCGUUUACCUGCAACUACAAACAGACGGAGGAGCUGGAAGAGUUGCACGUUUUUCUGCCCUAUAAAGUUGUCGCACCCUGGGAUGAAGGUGCCACCCUGCCGUGUCACUCCGUUACAGCCGGUCAGGCUGUGAAAUCUGUGCGCUGGAGGAGAGACGGAGAGCUGGUGCUGGAGCUGAAUCCUCCGUCUAAGCAAAUCACCUACGGAGACGGCUAUGAUGAAAGCCGAGUGUCCAUACCAUCAGACUGGAACCAGCGAGGAGACCUGUCCCUCACCGUGAAGCGAGCUCAGCUCCGAGACGAGGAAGUGUAUUACUGUGACGUGGAGAAGACAGAGAAACACCGCUCUGCUGUCCACCUGUACGUCUCCACACCAUCACCACCACCACCGGGCAGCACCUCACAGCCUACAACCACACCUACGCCAUCAGAGUGCUCUGACUGGUCGUGGAGAACAUUCUUCAUAAUGGCAGUUAUAUUUGUGAUCGUUGACCUGCUUGUUUGGCUCGGCUGGUUUCUGAGGAACAGGAAAUUCAAAGUGUGCACUCCAGGUUUCAGUGGAGGAUCCUCAGAGCAGGAAGAAGAAAAAAACUUGAAAAGUGUUACCAUCAACAACGGUGAUGGACAUCUCUGA